GUUCUGUUCUCAACGACCACCACAUCACCACACAACACGCUGCUAUGGCCGCCCGCGCGCCAGCCUCGCCCGGCCCGGACGCCGCAGCCCUCCGACUCCAGACCAACCUCCGCGCCGUGCAGCGCGCCGACCCCGGCCUCGCCGAGAUCCUCGACACGGCAAACUACACCGUUAUUUACCACUAUGGCGACGACCGGUGGAUCAAGCAGAAGCAGGAGGGCUCGAUGUUUGUCGUUCGGAGAACCAAGUCCCCCGAGUACGCCCUCUUCCUCCUCAACCGCGCGGCCAUCAAAAACGUCACCAUCCCCCUCGUCCCCGGCGAGAUGAAGGCCAAGGUCAUCGACGCGAGCAUGCUCCAGCUGCAGCGCAGAGGCGAGAAAGCACCGUACGGUAUCUGGUUUGCGGACCCGUCCGACGUGCCGCGCUUCGCCGACACGAUUCUCAAGGUGUGCGGCCCGCCAUCAGCCAAGCCAGCAGCAGGAGCAGCUGAGGCACCCGCCCCAGCGCCUGCACCGGCCGUCCCAGCGCCCAUCACCGGCGCGAGCGAGGACGGCUUCUCGCGCCUCUUCUCGGGCCUCACAACGGUCUCGGGCAACCCCCACUCUCAGUCCGCGUCGCCAUUGCCCAGCGCACUCCCGCCAGCACCUGCACCUAGACCUGCACCGGUCCCGGUUCCACAGCCAGUACAGCAAGCGUACCCCCCAGCACCGUUUCCCCCUGGGCAGUUCCAGCUGCCUGGGCUACCGAUCCCAGGCCUCAACGCUCCUCUGCCCGGUCCCCCGCCACCAGGCUUCCCUCCAGGCGGCGCCGGAUUCCCUCCCGGUCCGCCUCAAGGCUUCCCCAACAACGCAGGCCCGUACCCCCCGUCACCGCAGCGCAUGCCACCGCCUUUCCAGCACCCGUACACCCCGCCCCCGCCAGUCCGGCACUCGGCCACCCCGCCUGCCGCCUCGUCCGAGCCCCCGCUCAAGGCACCCCCACCGGCGCCACUGCCGGCCCAGUCGUACGCGCCCGGCCAGACCGUCGACGACUUGUUGAGCAGCAUUCUCGGUGUCCCAGGUGGUGCCGGUGGGCCACCAGUGCCCGCGCCAGUCAGUGCCGGCCCUGGUGCUCAGCCUGCGCCGACUCCUUCAUCUCCUUCCAAGCCAGGGCCACAGGGGCCCGUCCCCACACAGGCUGCCAGACGCGCGUCGCGCGUUCCCGCGCAGCAGCAGUCCCAGUCACCCAGCAACAACAACAACAACAACCCAGACGUAGCCCUGCUGCGCGACGCGGUUGUCACGCCGUUCGCCAACGGCGCGCGGUCAACUGCCCCCCUCGGCCGUCAGGACCUUGCUGACGUCCUCGUCCGCCUCUUGCAGACGGACCCUCGCUUUGUUGACGACGUGUGGCGCACUUAUCUCGCUCGCAUCGGCGCCCCCCAGCCUCCACCGCACGUGUAGACCGGGGCGGUGGGCGACGGGGCUGCGUUCCGAGUUGCGGUGGUGCGUUCCGAGUUUUGCGACUUGCCGAGCUUUACCGCCCCGCCGCUUUGGCGCGCAGCCUUGCCGGCGCCCCUGUCGCGUGCGCACAGACUGUGGAGAUGAUCAUGACGAUGGUGAUGAUGAUGAUGAGUUGGAGCAGUAUCUCUGCGUGGUUGGUGCCGCCUCUCUUUUGCAUUGAGCAUGAUCUCGUCGUCGUCUUGUAAUGCUACACCUGGU